AUGAGUGAAAAACAAGAAAAAAUUGAUGAACAGCUACGUCCUCUGUAUGCUGAUUUACAAAAAUAUGGCCAGACUCAAGACUGGGAAAGAGCAUUGAAAGUAACAAAGAAAAUAUUGGGAAUAUCGGGUAACGAGAAAAAAGCUACUCAUUGUAAAAUAAUAUGUUUGAUGCAAAAUGAUAAAUUUGAUGAUGCCUUGUCAACAAUCAGUAAAAUUCCCACAGACACAAAUGAUUUAAUUUUUGAGCGCGCCUAUUGUGAAUAUCGUUUAAAUCGUAUUCAAGAUUCAUAUAAAACAUUAGAAAAACUUGAUAUGAAUAAUAUGACCAUACGUGAACAAGAACUAUUUGUACAAGUUCUUUACAAAUUAGAAAAGUAUAAAGAAUGUGUUGAACUUUAUCGAGAAUUGAUCAAAAACAGUCAGGACGAGUAUCAAUCAAUACGUCGUGCAAAUUACAUAGCUGCACUAGCAACAUGGAAAUUAAUAGAUCCAUCUGCAAAUGUGGAUAUGAAAGACUUAAAUGAAGAUACUUAUGAUAUAACUUACAAUUCAGCUUGUGUUUUGCUUAAUAAUGGACAAUAUAGUGAAGCUGAGAAGAAAUUGAGACAAGCCGAAACUCAAUGUCGGAAUGAACUGGAAGAAGAAGGCGAUCUGAAUGAAGAAGAAAUUCUACGAGAAGCAGCAAAUAUACGUGUUCAACUGGCCUAUUGUCUACAACAACAAGGCAAAAUUCAGGACGCCUUAACAUUGUACAAUGAUGUAUUGAAAUCACGACCAUCAGACUUGGGUGUUAUUGCCGUAGCAUCAAAUAAUAUUGCAGUUUUGAAUAAAGAUCAAAAUCUUUUUGAUUCAAGAAAGCGUAUUAAAACGGCAAGCUCACCAGAAAGUGAAACAAAAUUAACAAAUUUUCAAAAGAAAAUUAUCAAUGUUAAUGAAGCUCUUUUGGCUAUUUAUACAGGACAACAUGAUGUUGCUCGUCGUACAUUGGAGAAAAUUCAAGCGUCAGCAGGGACAGUCGAUACAAAAGACGAUACAAUUAUCCUCGCACAAGUGACAUUGUUAAUCAAAGAAAAAAAAUUACAAGAAGCCACCGAAAUUUUACAAGAAUUUAUAAAUACGACGGAGAAAGGACACGUUACACUUUAUUGUCGAUUAACAUUUGUACAAUUAUUGCUUUCUCAAGGAAAAAUAAGUCAAGCAUGUGAAUUUAUGGGAAAUGAUAAUGAACUAAUAGUUAAACCAGGAAUUGUAAAUUCAUCAUCGGCCGCUAAAUUUUUGGAUGGCGCUGUUGAUCGUUUAUCUUCGGAUAAUGAUCAUAAAAAAAACUCAAAAGCAUUGUUACAUUUAAUAAAACAAAACAUAGUACAUCAAGAAAAAUUAGGCAAUACAAAACGUGUUACAGAAAUGCUUGAAAUAAUGCAUAAACUUUAUCCUAAUGACACAAAUACUUUGUCAAAAUUGAUUGUUCAUCAUUUAAAAUCGAAUCCUGAACGUGCGAAUGUUCUAUCUCAAAAACUUCCGUCAAUUCAACAGUUAGCCAAAGGUAUUGAUGUAGAUACAUUGGAAAGUUCAUUUGGAAAAAAAGCACCAAAAUCGGAGAAAGCUGGCACAGGUGGCAUGAUUGAAAAGAAAAAAACGGUGGCUGGUCGUGAUGCGGCGAGUAAACACAAGAAAAAAAGAAAAAUUCGAUUACCAAAAAACUAUGAUCCAUUAGCAAAACCAGAUCCAGAAAGAUGGUUACCACUUCGUGAACGUACCUAUUAUCGCGGUAAACGUGGUAAAAAGAAUCAGAAAUCAGUUGGAAAAGGAACACAAGGUGCUAUGAGCACAGACCAUGAAACAACAAAAUCAGCAACAACGACCACCACAGCAAAACCUUCUAAGCCAACGUCACAAGCAACGACCACAUCGGCCAGCUCAUCGACUUCCACGCAACCAAAACCAAAUACAAGUAAAGCAAAUGCAAAGAAAAAAGGAAAACGAUGA